CCUUCUUAAACCAGCAACUCUCCCGAGCUCCGAUCCACCGCCGCCCCCAGCCCCAUGGGCAGCAAAACCCUAGCAGCAGCCGCACCAACCGGUUGUUGCCGCUCCCCAUAGCACGCAGAUCCCGCCACACGCCGACCGGAUCCGAUGGCGGAGCUAUCCGCCGGCGUCUCCUCCCCGCGCGCCUCCGCCGUCUCCGCCGCCGCCGCCGCGGCGGCGGCGGCGGCCGCCGGGCCGGCGGUGCUGUCCUCCCCGCGCGCGGCGCCGAGGGCGGCCCAGCAGUUCCACCACCGGCGGUCGCCCUACAGGGCGUACCUGCUCGCGCUCUGGCUCGCCGGCUUCGCGCUCGUCUUCCUCUGGCAGAACACCUCCGCGGGCCGCCUGCGCCUCCACACCCGCCCGCCCACGCCCACGCCCAGGCGCGCGCCGUCCGCCGCCGCCGACGCCAUGGGCCAGUGGGUGGCCUCGCCGCCGGAGUACGAUCUGAGGGAGUUCGGGGGCGUGGGGGACGGGCGGACGCUCAACACGGCGGCAUUCGAGGCCGCGGUGGCCGCGAUUGCGGAGAGGGGUGGCGGGCGGCUCACCGUGCCCGCUGGGCGGUGGCUCACCGCGCCGUUUAACCUCACCAGCCACAUGACGCUCUUCCUUGCUUCCGGGGCGGAGAUCCUUGGGAUCCAGGAUGAAAGAUACUGGCCAUUGAUGUCUCCAUUACCAUCGUAUGGAUAUGGAAGAGAGCACAAGGGACCUCGAUAUGGGAGCCUUAUACAUGGCCAAGACCUGAAGGACGUGAUUAUAACUGGUCAUAAUGGCACCAUAAAUGGGCAAGGCCAAAGUUGGUGGAUCAAAUUUCGCAAGAAGCUCCUCAAUCACACACGGGGCCCUCUUGUUCAGCUCAUGCGGUCAAGUAACAUUCUUAUUUCUAACAUCACUCUACGUGAUUCUCCCUUCUGGACACUUCAUGUAUACGAUUGCAAGAAUGUUACUAUCUCGGAAACUACAGUCCUGGCUCCAGUUGUUGGGGCUCCAAACACUGAUGGAAUAAAUCCAGAUUCUUGCACAGAUGUGAUGAUUGAAAAUUGCUAUAUCUCUGUUGGUGAUGACGGGAUAGCUAUAAAGAGUGGUUGGGAUCAAUAUGGAAUUGCUUAUGGGCGUCCUUCUACUAACAUCACUAUUCGCAGGGUCACAAUCCGCUCCAUGGUGAGUGCUGGUGUAUCUAUAGGAAGUGAGAUGUCUGGCGGUGUUUCAAACGUUUUGGUAGAGAAUGUCCACAUUUGGAGUUCACGGCGAGGUGUGAGGAUAAAGACUGCCCCUGGAAGAGGGGCCUAUGUAAACAACAUCGCCUACCGAAACAUAACCCUCGAAAAUGUCCGUGUUGGUAUUGUGAUAAAGACCGACUACAACGAGCACCCAGAUGAAGCCUUCGACCCAAAGGCUGUUCCCAUUGUGGGUAACAUUUCUUAUACAUCAAUCCACGGGCAAAGGGUUCGUGUACCAGUCAGGAUACAAGGGAGUGCAGAGAUCCCUGUGAGGAAUGUUACUUUCCAUGAUAUGUCAGUUGGUUUACUUGACAAGAAGUACCAUGUUUUCCAGUGCUCCUUCGUCCAGGGGCAGGUCAUUGGCUAUGUUUUCCCUGUGCCGUGCAAGAACCUGGACCUGUAUAACGAGCGGCGAGAGCUGGUUAAAGAAUCAACAUUACAGAACAUCUCCGAUAUCGACUACAGUUUCUGACAGAGGUGGUCUGUCUUACUGUACUAUUGUUGUAGGAGUAUACAGUGGUCAGCUUAGUCUUAGUUCACCAUGUCCACAGGCAAUUUUGUUUGUAGCUGUUUUACACAAUUACACGUCACUCUCAGGCAUGUAUAUUUAUGGAGGCCCCGACUUGUCUAUACUGUUUCAUAGAAAGUUACUUAUGUUUUCACA